AGAUAUGCAACGGCCAUUUGCAUUCUGUAUAGUCCUUUCGGAAACUCUGAGGUAAGAAGGAAGGUGAAACUGCUUCCUUAGUUGAAUCCUUGACUGGACCAACAUCCUAGUAACAUUUCCUAAUCCUCAACCUGACAAAAAACCUGCCUCAGAGUUUCCGUUUCCCUUUGAGUUAAAUGUUUUUUGUCAGUUUUUUUUUUCUGUUUUGUCUUGUACAGCUUUAUUCAUCAAUUUCAUCAUCAUACCAGCUUGCUACCAAAACAAAAAACAAAACAAAACACCCUCGCCCCCCAUCCCCCUUUCUUUCCUCCCAAAGGAUAAGAUUUUUGGUCUUUGGUAUUAGUAUUAUGUGAUUUCAUUUUUUUCCCUUCUUUCCUUUGAUCACAUAAUUGGCUACAAUUUGUUGUUGUCUCUUUGGGGUUCCUAAAGAUUCAUCAAGAAUUUCACAGCAGAUUUUGAUUUUUGAUUGGUGCUUAUACUAUAAGCCGGAAUGGAGCAGUUCCGGCAUAUUGGAGAGGUUAUUGGGAGUCUGAAAGCACUCAUGGUUUUGCGCGAUGAAAUUCAGAUCAAUCAACGUCAAUGCGGUUUGAUUGUCGAUAUCUUCAGUCUGGCAUUUGAGACGAUCGGAGAUGAGAUCAGGCAGAACCUGAAGCUUGAAGAGAGGAAUACCAAAUGGAAACCCCUCGAGUUUCCUCUGAGAGAGCUUUGCAGGGUUUUCAAAGAGGGUGAGCUCUACAUCAAGCAUUGCUUGGAUACCAAGGAUUGGUGGGGGAAAGCAAUCACCCUUUCUCACAAUAGAGACUGCGUUGAAUUUCAUAUUCACAACUUGUUGUGUUAUUUCCCUGCUGUGAUUGAGGCAAUUGAGAACGCUGGGGAGAUAUCAGGGCUUGAUGAGGAUGAGAAGGAGAAGAAGAAAGUGAUGCUAGCAAGGAAGUAUGACAUGGAAUGGAAUGACCCGAAACUUUUUCAAUGGAGAUUCGGGAAGCAAUAUUUGGUCCCUCGUGAGAUCUGCAAGCAGUUGGAGAAUGCUUGGAUGGAAGAUAGAUGGAGGCUCAUAGAAGCACUCAAGGAGAAGAAGGGUUCUACAAAAGUCACAUUUACAAAGAACGAGAGAAGCCUUGCUGAUAUCCUGCUGAAGAAACUGCUGAAUGGAUCAGAAAAGAGCAAGGAACCACUCUCUCCGAUUGCAGUGCUGUUAGGAUCUAAGGAUUACCAGGUGAGAAGAAGAUUAGCACGGGGAAAGGAGUUUAAAGAAAUCCAAUGGCACGGACAAAGCUUUGCGUUGAGGCACUUUCAUGGGGAGAGACAAGCUCAUGAGGCUGAGGUUUCCACUCUUGUAUCCCUCUCUCAUCCCAACAUAUUGCAAUACCUCUGUGGGUUUUAUGAUGAGGAGAAGAAAGAAUUUUCUCUUGUGAUGGAGUUGAUGAACAAGGACAUGUGGACCUAUAUGAAGGAGAAUUGUGGUCCAAGGAGACAGAUUUUGUUCUCUAUCCCUGUUGUGGUGGAUCUCAUGCUUCAAAUGGCCAGAGGCAUUGAGUACCUCCACUCCAAAAAGAUUUACCAUGGAGACCUUAACCCUUGGAAUAUCCUACUCAGAGCCAGGAACUCCCAAGAAGGUUAUUUUCAAGCAAAAGUUGCAGGCUUUGGCCUUUCUUCUUUGAAGAAUAAUGACAAUACUCGAAGCUCGCCAACCCAUAAUCCCAUUAGUGAAGAGAUCAACCCUACUAUUUGGUAUGCCCCUGAAGUUCUAACCGAGCUAGAACAAACAGGAAAUGCAUCUACCUCUUGCAAGUACUCAGAGAAAGCAGAUGCAUACAGCUUUGGGAUGAUCUGUUUUGAGUUGCUGACAGGUAAAGUGCCUUUCGAAGAUAACCAUCUUCAAGGUGACAGAACUAAACAAAAUAUAAAAGCUGGAGAGAGACCUCUUUUCCCAUUCCGUUCCCCAAAAUACAUUGUCAGCUUGAUCAAAAAGUGCUGGCAAACUGACCCUGCUCAGCGUCCUACUUUCUCAUCAAUCUGUAGGAUUUUGCGCUACACCAAAAAGUUCCUUUCCAUGAAUACUGAAUACCACGUCAUCAAUCCUGAACUCAAUCAGCUUGAACUGCAGUCCCCACCUGUAGAUUGUUGUGACAUAGAAACAAUGUUCCUCAAGAACUUUCCAAUGGAGAGGACAUCUAAUCUGUGCGUUGUAUCACAAAUACCAUAUGAAAUGUUUGCUUAUAAAGUUGUGGAGAAAGGGAAGAUCAGUCAGAAUAAUAAUACUAAAGAUAAGAGCUGCGAGCCGGUAAAGGAUGAACCCUCCGUGUGUAGGGACGAAAAUGAUGAUCAAAACACAGUUAGUGGAGAUGAUAACGCAUCCACAGUGGAAGAUCCAUUCCCAUUAGUAACCUAUCCAAGGUCAAUUUGUGGUGACACACAGUCCGUCUGUUCCGAAGCCCCGUCGAGAAAAAGGGUUACAAUAAAGAAACCAACACAAGUGAAGGCCAAGAAAGACCAAGGAAAGCCAAAAUUGCGAGUGACGAAAUCAUUACCACCAGCUUCAUCGGGUCGCAUUUUAAGGGGGAAUCGGUCGUCAGUGGCAUCGAAUCCUCUAAGCCCGAGUAGAACAAGACCUUGUCGUGUCUCUGAAUUGGAGCACAAUUCCAAUAUCAACAAAGGAGGUCAAUCACCGUUUUCAAGCCCGAGUAGAACAAGACCUUGUCGUGGCCCUGAAUUGGAGCAGAAUUCCAAUAUCAACAAAGGAGGUCAAUCACCGUUAGUGUCGACUCUUUCAAGCUCAAUUAGGAGAAAAAGAUGUGAGGGCCAUGUCUCCGAUUCCAAGUCCACUUUAAGGCUGAGAAAACGAGAUCAGUCACCAUUAACUAAAUGUGGCCAUGUCCCAGAUUCUAAAGGUACUUUAAAGAUGAAAAAGUCACAACUGACUAUGAGCCCUUCUUUGAGCCCAGGAAGAAUGAGACGUGUCAAUACUGACAACAAUUUGAAGAUGCAAAAGGGGUCCAUGUCAAGCCAUGCGUUGAGCACUUCGAGAAAAGGCUCAAGCAAAAUAUCAGAUUUGCAUAAGAUAACAAGAGGGAGUCUGGCACCUUUGGCAUUGAGUCCUUUAUGCCCAUAUGUGAGAAGAAGAAAAACAAGCGGCAAUGUCUCUGACUCCGAGGACGGCCUGUCUCCAUUUGCAUUGAGCACAUAUGGAAGAACAACGUGUGGCCAUGUCUCGGAUUAAGGCCUUUCACUUGAAGAUCCGGCAGCGUCUCAGGUUUUGAGAUUCUUUAAUCGGUCGUGCACCUUACCUCACCUUAGCAGAGUUACUAGUCCUUAGACCAUUUUGCAUCAAGCAGGUUUUACCAAGAUUCCUACUCUUAAUUCUUUUGUUAAAAUAAGUGGAAAACACAAAAAUGUAGCUUUUUUGGGAAGGUUAGAAACGUAGUUUCAUGCCUGGUUGUAUUAUACCUGUGUUUUAGGACUAAGAUUUUUAGCAAUUGAAUUUUGGGUGGAUCAAAGUUGUGUCAUAAUUGGAGGUUGCCUACCCUACUUUCCUUUCUUUUUAUUUCCUCUAUUACUCUUUUUCAAAUUCAAUUAUUCUUAACUCU